AUGGCUUCUGAUUCUGACAACAUCAUUCCAUUGGCUGCUGCUUUUGAAAUGAACGAAGCCAAACCAGUCCAUAUUCCAGACCCACUGUAUGAGGCGGAGAAGAGGGCUAUUUGGAAAUCUCAGGUACUCAUCCCUAUCUCUAUUAAUGGUACCUUAGGUGUCAUUUUAGGUCCCUUGAAGAAAGCGAAAAAGGAUAGGCUUACUAGUCUUCCUGAUGGUUAUGAACAAUUUCACCCCAGUAUUCGUGGGGAAGAGCUUAUUCUUUCUUUUCGACCUUCCUAUCGCUUACCCUUUCUGAAAGAUCCCAAAAGGGCUUUUAGAUCUACCCCGCCCAAUCCGACUGCUGGUGACAGAGCCUAUUUGAAAUGGCUUGAUAGGGUGGAAGCCGGUAAGUCUAGGCACUGGAAGGUCACCGGGAUUUUCGACCUAAUUCAGUUGUCGAGAUCGCCAAUCUCUUAUAACCCUGCUAUGCUCUUGAGCUCACUCUUCUUUUGGGAAAGGUCUACCAACAGCUUCCAUGUUCCUUUUGGCAUGAUCACUCCCACUCUUCUCGAUGUCGCUGCCAUCACUGGCCUUUGGGUUGUGGAUGAUGAUUAUCAUUCCUCUACUGCCCCAACGAAACCCAUCGCCAUUUCGACGGACAACAUAGCCUUCAGCAGAUUCAUUAAGGAUCAUUAUGACGAAGACGGUGAAGUUUCUGAUGCUGAGCAUGUCGCGUUUCUCUUAUAUUGGCUUUCUGCUUAUGUAUUCUGUACCAAGUCUCUGAGAAUUCCUGCCAAGCUUCUUCCUUUGGCUAACUUGUUGCAUGAGGGUCGAAAAAUUGCUAUGGCUAGACUUGUGCUUGGUAACCUUUAUCAGAUGAUUAAUGAAGCAGUAGCCGAUAUCCGAGAUCCCAAAGUUGUGUCUCUGAACGCAGCCGGUCCAUUGUGGUUGCUUUAG